GACGAUAUUAAUUAUAUUUGUAUUAAGCCUGAAUGAAGAAUGAAGAGAGGAUGGAGGGUCCAGUGGAGUGUUUAUCUAGUUCUACUAGUUUUGUGUUCACCAGCCUCUCUGAUAAGAAGAACGACAGGGAACUACAAACCAAACCAAAUAUUUCAAAAAACCCGGGAAGAUGGUUGGAAACAAAAUGGCGCUGUGCGCAGCUGGUUGAGACCAGAUGACGGGGAUGAAGACACAGUUUUAUUGCGAAUCCUAUCAGGGGGUGAGGAGGCGGGGCGAGUGAUUGGAGAUAUCAAUAUUGGAUGGGUUGAUAGUAAUGUUACAAAUAACAUAUAUCCAUACUUACUCAAGGUAUAG